ACUCACUUCUCCGUCAUCAUUUAUAAAUUUGGAAACAAAGCCCGAACUCUCUCUCUCUCUAAAAAUGUCGAAAACCCUAAUUCCCCACGGAAGAUUCCUCCUCCGUCGUUUCAACGAGCCGGCGCGAAACGUCGUCUGUUUUAACCGCCGUCACUAUUCAUCAAAACCGCACCAAACCGAAAUCGACCUCGACUCGUCGUCCUCAUCAGCGACCACUAAAGCCGAAGCCGAACGCAAGAGCCUGAACGAGUAUUUCCAAAAGAUCGCCGUCAAGAACUCGACUCCUGAUUGGCUCCCUCUCGCUCCCGGCUCCUCUUUCUGGGUCCCGCCGCCGCAGCAUCAGAAGACGGCCGGGAAGGUCGCUUAUAUGAUGAACAUGGUGACGAAUCCGUUGAAGAAGGAGGAAGCUUUCUCUCUGUCGUCUUCUUCUGGCUGGCCCUGUUCCUCUUUCUUCAUUCCUCCAAAUGAUGAGAAGGUAAAAAGUAGCGUGGAGUUGAACAUUCCGGGGGAGCUAACGCAUUUUCUUAAUCCGAUUUAUUCAUUUAAACAUGUCGACGAUGAAGAGUGAUUUUACAAGUUCUCUAUCUCGGUGAUGAAGUCCAUUUCCUGAUGCGUGGAAAGGCAGAUGACUCCCGAGACUGAUGAGGUUGAGUAUUUGUAUAUAGAGUUGCAAACCAUGGAGUUCUAUGGUGUUUGGCCUGUCUUAACGCCUUUGUGAACUUUAUUUAUAAAGCAAUCAAUCCUAACGGCUAAUAAAAGCUGGUCAGAUUGGUACUUAUCUGCACUACAUGGUUUCAUCGUGAGUGAUAAUUUAGAUCAACCUCA